GGUGGCUGGCACACUCUGGGCUUUUAUGGCGUGGCUGUGAGAGAUACAGUGUCGUGAGCCGUGGGCUGAGGACACCGGAAGACCGCGCUCAGAGGGGCGAGCGUUUGAGGUGAGGCUGCCGCGACUCCAGUCUGCCACCUGUUCGCUGUUCCCCCUGCGGCACCAGGAUGCUGAGAGUGGAAGAAACUGGGGGCCCUUCAAACCAGACCUGUGAAAAUGGCAUUUCCAUGGAAGUGUUCCUCCAUUGCUCCCUGGUCCCUGCUUUCGCCAUCGUGGCUGUGCUGUCGUUCCUGCAGAAGAGGGCCAGGCACAUGGCUAUAGACGAGAGGCUGUCCGCUCUGAGGGGACGGUUCGGCGUGGUGGUGCCCCUGGACUUCAUCGGAAGCCUCAGUAACCGGUGGUCGUACGGCUUUGCCUUCGGAGCCGUGUCCUCCAGCGUACUGCUUCUGUUCUCAGAGAAGUACGUCCAGUUUAACGUGCCAACAUGGGCCAAAGCCAUUGUGUACCUCGUGGGUGCCCUGGAGGUGGGCCUGGUCUACUUCCCAUUCUUCGCCUGCCUGUCCACCCCCUUCCGAGCCAUCGGGGCCGUGCUGGGAAUCCUCUACACUCUGGCUUGGACCAUAGUAACACUGUGGGACACUGUGACCUGCCCAAGUGGUGAGGUUCUGGGAAAGUACCAGAAGCCCAUCUUCCAGUGGCCCUCCAUCGUGUGCCUGGUCUUCCUCCUGGGGCGAUUCUUCGACAUGCUCCUGAAGGCUGUGCGCCUCCAUCGGGGGCUGGAGGGAGAGGAGGAACAGGAUGAAUUGAUGCAGACCCACCAGGCCAAAUAUGUGCAGUCUCUGCUGCGGAGCGCCCCCGAACGCUACAGCCGGCACCUGGAGCAGCGCUGCACCUCACAAGGGAAGCUGGAGAAGAACUGGUUUGAGAGAAACAUUUAUGAAUGGGAUCCUUACUUCAAGUUCCCCAACAGAAUGAUUGGCACGUCAGUCAUUUCUCUCAUUGGCCUAUACGCAAUCACCCUGGCUGACUACAGCCUCAGUGACUACGCCUUUGAUAAACUGGACGUGCUGGCUGCCUCCCUGAAGGAUCUGGCUGCUUCCUGUAAUGGAACAGACAACAUGUUUGCCACGUUGAUCCCGCAGGUAGAAGAGUUCAGUCAUGUCGCCAGAGCCACCUGGAUUGCCACCACCAUCUUUGCCAGCCUAACCUCAAUCACGUACACAUUCCAUGUGCUGGCCUGUUACAGGAAGCACCUGAGGAGACUCUGGGCGGGACAGAAGGGCUUCCUGCCAAAGAAAUUCCAUAACCCCAGUUCUGCAGUCAGUGUGGCUGCCAUUACAAGGUAUUCAGGCUGGCAGAUUGCCUUCACUCUCUGGGGUUACCUCAUCGUCCACUUCGUCCAGUUCGUGUUCGGGCUGAUCAUCGCUUACGGCCUGGUUCUGCCCAUUCAGAAAGGCCGAGGGCUGUCGGUUCUGGCCAACCUGGGGAUCAUUCUAUUGACUGUGGGUGUGGUCGUAGCGCUGGUGAUAUUUCAGAUAAUGCUGGUCCAGGUGUUCUUCCUCCAAGACAAGAUUUCCCCCGCAGAUGAACGGAAACCCUUAGCACUGAACAACAGGAAGGCUUUCCACAACUUCAACUACUUCUUCUUCUUCUACAACGUGAUCAUGGGCCUGAGCAACUGUGUGCUGAGACUGCUGAUCAGCAGUGUGCUCGGGACCUGGCUAGUGGCGCGCAUCGACCGUACCAUCAUGCAGCGGGGCUACGAGUCCCUGGACCCGGGGUACAGUACCUGGAUCGGCAUGAUCUUUGCUGACCAUUACCAUAGCAACCCUGUCAUGAUCUGCUUCUGCCAUCUCCUAUUGGUCGAAAGACUCGAGGCGCGACAGAGGACGACCUCCACGUACUCCCAAUUCAACAAUGUAUCCUCUGUGUCGGUGACGGGUGGCAGGGCGCGGGUCCGGUGGCUCCUGCUCUACACCCUGAUGAAGAACCCCCAACUGAUCCUGAUGCGUAAACACCCCACCCCGUCCCCCCAGAGCAGCCUGGAGCGGCUCGUCCUGGGCUACGCCCUGUCUGCUCGGGACCGGUGGUCUGAGGAAACCCGCACCGGAGAAACACCUGGCAUCUGAGUGACGCCAACGGCACGGCCCAGCGAGCGUGUGGCCCGGCUGACCCAUGCCAGUCCGGUCGCUAUGGUUACCGCUGAGUUGUCAGUGCAGAGAAAGUCCCAGCAGGCUGGGCGGAAGAGGCUGGGCGUGUCCCCUGAGCUCCACUGUCCCCUCUCUUAUGCCCACGGUGACAGAGAGAGCUCUCACUCUGGCUGCAGGGAUAGGUCAGAGCAUCCAGCUGUUAUUAUUUUUAUAUUCUGAUUACAUUCCCACAAUUCAGUGUAAAGAGAGUUAAAGCAUAAAGAGAGCCUUGACUGGAGCAGUGCUGGUCAAAGUGCCCACCGCAUUUGGACUAAAGCCCUCCAGCUCAAGGUGCAGGGUGCUGCAAAGAUAAUUGUUUGUCAUCUCCAAGUACAGCUACAUCUCUGCCAAAAACUACAGAAACUAAAAGAAGUACUACAGGUCAAAGGUUUUUAUAAGGUGGCACUCAAGUCCAUAGUGAAGUGCCACAGCCCUCAUAAUGUGAAACUGCCUGUACUGCGCUGCCAGACGAACAAAUAGCUCCCUCAAAACAAAGAUUCCCAGAGCAAGGAUCUUACAGCUCAUCUGAACAAAGUAACUGUAAAUAAAGCUGGAAAUGUAUUACUUUUCUCUACUGAUAAGUCCUCAGUCUCUAAGUCCUCUAUGCAUUUACCCGGUCUUGGAAAACAAAAGAAUUCCUGUGUAAGGUGAUUCGGACAGAAGUGAUUUCAGAGUGUGUCAGUGACACAGCCCCAUUUCGCUCGACUCUGUAUAAGGUUUUAAGAGAGAUCAUAAAAAACGCUUGCAUGCAAGAUAAGAUUACGUAACAGAUGUUUGCUGGGUUCAAUCUGUAAAUACU